AUGGGAGCCAUCAAAACACCCGCUGUAGAGCUCCGAAGCCUCCUCAGUUUAUUGGUGAUCUUAGUAGAAGGGUGGCAUGAUUUAGGUAACAAAGACUAUGACUGUUGGCCCUUGGAAAAGCCAGAUGAGUAUAACAUGUUGGACUGUGGAGGACUGGAAAUGACAUGGGUGCAGAGGCCUCCAGAAAAGACUGUGAGUGGGGAAUCCUUCAAUGUGACCUAUGCAGUCUUUGCCUCAGACAGAUUUUAUCAAUAUGCUGUGCAAAAUAGAAUCCUUUCCCAAAGGUAUGUUAGCAAUGCUACUGCUGCGAAGGAAUUUUGUGAGGAGCAUGAAUGUCCUUCCAGAUGGAAAGAUGCAAAUGGAGACAACUGCUGUGUCUACCAUGCCAACAUUCAUUCCUGUCCUUUGGCCUUCAUGGCUAAAGGAGGAAUAUGUGGUCCAUGGAUCCCCGAUGAUGGUCAAAUAUUUACUCACACUUUGUCUACCGCUGGCAAAAUGAGCCAAAGAAACUGGACAGCCAAGGUUGUUUUAGUUCACAUGGGUGUGACUUCUCUCAUUGCACACAUCAGAGUUGGGAGAAUGCAAGCUGCUCUGGAAGCAAAAACCACAGUCCUUCCUGCAGUAGUCUGUGGAGAUGGCUUUUGUGAGGAAGAAGAAGGUUGCUCCAUCUGUCCAGCAGACUGUGGGGAAUGCCCUCUUUCUGCUGAUGUUAGGAUAGCAAUUGCCUUACCAAUAUGUUUAGUCUGCACUGGCUUCAUUUUGACAGUCAUGUGGUUUCAAUAUCAGAAACAAAAGAUGCUUUGGGAUGAAAGCUGGAUUAUAGACUUCAAUUGCAUCAAACAAGGGACAGCAACAGGAAGCAUGAUGAGCACUCCUCUAGCACCCAGUGACUCCAAUAUCAGUUGUGUUACUGCUCUGAGUUCCUGCACAGGAGCUGCCAAUGUGUCCAGGAAGAAAUACUUCACCCAGACUGGGAGAUAUGAUGGCAGAACAGUGGCCAUAAAGAAAAUAAUGAAGAAGGCAUUCACACUGUCUAAAUCCAUACGUAAAGAAGUAAAGCAAGUGAGGGAACUUGAUCAUCCCAAUCUCUGCAAAUUUAUUGGAGGCUGUAUAGAAGUUCCAAAUGUUGCUAUUGUCACAGAGUACUGCCCCAAAGGCAGCCUGAGUGAUGUGCUCCUCAAUGAAGACAUUCCUUUAAACUGGGGUUUCAGGUUUUCUUUUGCUACUGAUAUUGCACAAGGAAUGGCCUAUCUCCAUCACCACAAAAUGUAUCAUGGACGGUUGAAGUCAAAUAACUGUGUGAUAGAUGACCGGUGGGUUUGUAAAAUUGCAGAUUAUGGCUUGCAGCUGUACAGAAAAGAAGAUUCUCCUGACAGAUCAAGUUCAUCCCAGCAGCAUUUGAUACAAAUUUACACUGCUCCUGAAAUACGCUCUCUUUCAGAUUUUGAACCCAAUUCUAUGACAGAUAUCUACAGUUAUGCCAUCAUUUUACUAGAAAUUGCCACAAGAAGUGACCCUAUGGCAGUAAAUGUCAUUUCAGCUGAAUAUUCUUGGUGCCCUCCUUUGGUAGAAUUAAUUUCAGGAAAGGAUGAGAAUUCUUGCCCAUGUCCCACAGAUUACAUAGAGUUAAUCAAAAGRUGCAGAAAAAGUAAUCCAUCCCAAAGGCCUACGUUUGAACAAGUCAAGAAAAUGUUGUACAAGAUGAAUCCUGUUAGCCCUGUUGACAUGAUGAUGACUCUGAUGGAGAAAUAUAACAAACAUCUGGAGAUACUGGUAUCUGAGAGAACCCAGGAUUUAUUGCAUGAAAAACAGAAGACUGAUCGUCUGUUGUACAGUAUGUUGCCAAAACAAGUAGCAGAUGAUCUCAGGCAGGGAAAACAUGCACAAGCUCAAAGUUACUCAAGUGCCACCAUCUUUUUCAGUGACAUUGUUGGCUUCACUGAGCUGUCCAGCAGCAGCACACCGUACCAAGUGGUAGAUCUCUUGAACAAGCUUUAUACCACCUUUGAUGAAAUCAUAGAUAACUAUGAUGUCUAUAAAGUUGAGACAAUAGGAGAUGCCUAUAUGGUGGUGUCAGGAGUACCCAAGGAGAAUGGGAUCCUUCAUGCUGGUGAGAUUGCAAGCAUGGCUUUAGACCUUCUGGAUGUGUGCAAGACUUUUAAGAUCCCACACAAGCCCAAUACGCUCCUAAAGAUAAGAGCAGGAAUACAUUCAGGGGCAGUUGUAGCUGGAGUUGUUGGAACGAAAAUGCCACGAUAUUGUUUAUUUGGAGAUACUGUGAACACAGCUUCUAGRAUGGAAUCUACUGGUGAAGCUCUUAAAAUACAGUGCAGUUCAAGUGCAUACCAGCUGUUGGAGCAGAUUGGAGAGUAUGUGUUAGUAUGCCGUGGGAAUUUACAAGUCAAGGGGAAAGGAGACAUGGUUACAUACUGGCUUGAAGGUAAGAAAGCCUCUAUCAUCCUGAAGGCAGGCACCAGCACUUCUGUGACUCCUCAAGAUGCCAUCAGAGCUUCAUAUAGUCUGAUACCAGGUGUCCUUCCCAGUGAUCCUCUCUGA